CAGCAGAGGUAGACGGGGAGGGAGCGAGUUGGGAUUGGAUCAUGGGCAAGACCAUUCACUGUCCUACACUGCCUCUGGGACUGAUGUGUUUGAAGUUAGUAUUUCUUUUUUCACUAAGAAAUCGAGCCAUUUCCCCUGAUUUAUUUAGCCCUUUCUCUUCGUCAUUCUUUGUUGUAUUUGGUAGACACAUUUUUUCCUAGUUUUUAAAAUUUUUUUCAGUUUACUAAUUUAGCAGUUUCAGUUAGCAUUAGUUAUAUCUCUUUCGGUUACAAGUUGCAUAAACCUUGCUUUAACUUAACCAAAACUAGAGAAGUAUUGCCUCUUAUAACUCAAAUGCCCUGGGUUGGUCUGGCUUUGGGCACAUUUUGGUCUCCACACUUAGGUGUUGUCUUCAGCUCUGCUUUCUCCAUGUGUUGACUGUAUUCUCUGUCACAGUUUCUUCCAUAGUUGGCUUUUUUUUUUCAUUGCAAUCUCUUUUUUUGUUUAUUUAUUGCUACUUGUUUGUUUGCUCUUUUUUAAGUUUUUAUUUUAAUUCCAGUUAAUGCCAGUGUUAUAUUAGUUUCAGGUGUGCAGUAUAGUGAUUGAACACUUCAUACAACACCUGGUGCUCAUCACAGCCAGUGCACUCCUUCAUUUCCAUCAUCUAUUUAGCCCACCCCCCCUCUGGUAAACAUCACUUUGUUCUCUCUAGUUAAGAGUCUGUUUCUUACGUUCUCUCUCAUUUUUUGCCCUUUUCUUGUUUUUAAAAUCCCACAUAUGAGUGAGAUCAUAUGGUAUUUGUCUUUCUCUGACUGACUUUAUUUCACUUAGUAGCGUUAUACUCUCUAGCUCCACCCAUGUCAUUGCAAAUGGCAAGAUUUCAUUCUUUUUUAUGGCUGAAUAAUAUGGCAUCCUAUAUCUAUACCACAUUCAUUUAUCCAUUUAUCAGUUGAUGGACACUUGGACUGCUUCCAUAUCUUGGCUGUUGUAAAUAAUGCUGCAAUAAACAUAGGGGUGCAUUUAUCCCUUCGAAUUAGUGUUCUUGUAUUCUUUGGGUAAAUAGCCAGUAGUGCAAUUGCUAGAUCAUAGGGUAGUUCUAUUAACUUUUUGAGGAACCUCCAUACUGUUUUCCACAGUGGCACCAGUUUGCGUUCCCACCAACAGUGUAAGAGGGUUCCUUUUCUUCCACAUCCUCGCCAAGUCCUGUUGUUUCUUGUGUUCAUUUUAGCCACUCUGACAGGUGUGAGGUGAUACCUCAUUGUAGUUUUGAUUUGUAUUUCCCUGAUGAUGAGUGACAUUGAGCAUCUUUUCAUGUGUGUAUUGGCCAUCUGGAUGUCUUCUUUGGAAAAAUGUCUUUUCAUGUAUUCUGCCCAUUUGUAAUUGGUUUAUUUGUUUUUUGGGUGUUAAGUUUUAUAAAUUCUACAUAUAUUUUGGAUACUAGCCCUUUAUUGGAUAUGUUUUAAAUACGUCAUUUGCAAAUAUUUGUAAAUGGGGAAUCUUCUCCCAUUCCUUAAGUUGCCUUUUAGUUUUGUUUCUUUUCUCUGUGCAGAAGCUUGCUCUAUCUAUCUAUCUAUCUAUCUAUCUAUUUAUUUAUUAUUUAUUUAUUUAGAGACAGACAGACAGAUACACAGAAUCCCAAGCAGGUUCUGUGCUGUCAGUGCAGAGUCUGACAUGAAGCACAACCCCACAAACUAUGAGAUCAUGACCUGAGCCCAAACCAAGAGUUGGAUGCUUAACCUAACCAAUUGAGCCACCCAGGCACCCCAGAAACCUUUUAUUUUGAUGUAGUUCCAAUAGUUUAUUUUUGCUUUUGUUUCCCUUGCCUCAGGAGACAUAUCUUUUUUUUUUUAAAUAUAAUUUAUUGUCCAGUUGGCUAACAUACAGUGUAUACAGUGUGCUCUUGGUUUUGGGGGUAGAUUCCCGUGAUUCAUCGCUUACAUACAACAGCCAGUGCUCAUCCCAAUAAGUGCCUUCCUCACUGCCCAUCACCCAUUUUCCCCUCUCCCCCACCCCCACCAGGAGACAUAUCUUGAAGAAAGUUGCUAUGGUCACUGUCAAAGAAGUUAUUAUUGCCUGUAUUCUCUGCUAGGAUUUUAAUGGUUUCAGGUCUCACAUUUAGGUCUUUCAUCCAUUUUGUGUUUAUUUUUGUGUAUGGUAUAAGAAAGUGGUCCAGUUUUAUUCUUUUGCAUGUAGCUGUUCAGUUUUCCCAGCACCAUUUGUUGAAGAGACACAGUAGAUGUUUUUUGAUAGCCCCAGGCCAGGCUUCUGUGACCCCCACAGCUCAUAGAGCCAGGUAGAGAGUAGACCCUCUGUCACCCAGGGCUGCCGUGUCACAUUCCAUUAGGAGCAGUCACUGUGAGCAUCCAUGUGGAAGGCCUGGUUAGCCAGCCUGCGUGAGGCCCCUCCCUGUAGCCAGCUGGCCAGGAGGUGCAUGAUGGGAAUGGCUGGCACCAGCAUGUGGGUGGACGAGGAGUUGCUCUCUCUCUUGCAGAAACCAGGAGAGCUGGACACAGAGAAACAGGGGUGUCUACUGCAGACCUGAACAGGAGCAUGCAUAUGUCGCUAUGGUUGUGCUGGUGAGGUGGAAUGAGCCGUACCAGAAGCUGGCCACGUGUGACGCAGAUGGAGGGAUAUUUGUGUGGAUUCAGUACGAAGGGAGGUGGUCCGUGGAACUGGUCAACGACCGAGGGGCUCAGGUGAGUGAUUUCACAUGGAGCCACGAUGGAACUCAAGCACUUAUUUCAUAUCGAGAUGGGUUUGUCCUGGUUGGUUCUGUCAGCGGACAAAGACACUGGUCAUCUGAGAUAAACCUGGAGAGUCAGAUCACAUGUGGCAUAUGGACUCCUGAUGACCAACAGGUGCUGUUUGGCACGGCCGACGGGCAGGUGAUCGUCAUGGACUGCCACGGCAGGAUGCUGGCCCACGUGCUCCUGCACGAGUCCGACGGCAUCCUCAGCAUGUCCUGGAACUGCCCCGCCUUCCUGGUGGAGGACAGCAGCGAGAGUGACACGGACUCAGACGACUACUCCCCACCCCAAGAUGGUCCAGCAGCGUAUCCCAUCCCGGUGCAGAACAUCAAGCCGCUGCUCACCGUCAGCUUCACCUCGGGGGACAUCAGCUUAAUGAACAACUACGACGACUUGUCUCCUACUGUCAUCCGCUCAGGGCUGAAAGAGGUGGUGGCCCAGUGGUGCACGCAGGGAGACCUCCUGGCCGUCUCUGGCAUGGAACGGCAGACCCAGCUCGGUGACCUCCCCAAUGGCCCUCUUCUGAAGAGUGCCAUGGUCAAGUUCUACAAUGUCCGCGGGGAGCACAUCUUCACCCUGGACACGCUUGUGCAACGCCCCAUUGUCUCCAUCUGCUGGGGACAUCGGGACUCGCGGCUGCUGAUGGCUUCAGGACCAGCCCUGUACGUGGUGCGCGUGGAGCACCGCGUGUCCAGCCUGCAGCUGCUGUGCCAGCAGGCCAUCGCCAGCGCCCUGCGAGAAGACAAGGAUGUCAGCAAGCUGACCCUGCCCCCCCGCCUUUGCUCCUACCUCUCUACCGCCUUCAUCCCCACCAUCAAGCCCCCAAUUCCAGACCCCAACAACAUGCGAGACUUUGUCAGCUACCCCUCGGCUGGCAACGAGCGUCUGCACUGCACCAUGAAGCGCACAGAGGACGACCCGGAGGUGGGCGGCCCGUGCUACACCCUCUACCUGGAGUACCUGGGCGGGCUUGUGCCCAUCCUCAAGGGGCGACGCAUCAGCAAGCUGCGGCCAGAGUUUGUCAUCAUGGACCCCCGGACAGAUAGCAAAUCAGAUGAAAUCUACGGCAACAGCUUGAUCUCCGCCAUGCUCGACAGCUGUAACUGCUCAGACUCCAGUGACAUCGAACUGAGUGACGACUGGGCUGCCAAGAAAUCCCCCAAAAUCUCCCGAGCUAGCAAAUCACCCAAACUCCCAAGGAUCAACAUUGAGGCUCGGAAGUCUCCCAAGCUGUCCCGGGCUGCUCAGGAGAUGUCCAGGUCUCCCCGGUUGCCGAUGCGCAAGCCCUCCAUUGGCUCACCCAGCCUGACGCGAAGAGAGUUUCCCUUUGAAGACAUCACUCAGCACAACUAUCUUGCUCAGGUCACGUCUAAUAUCUGGGGAACGAAGUUUAAGAUUGUGGGCUUGGCUGCUUUCCUGCCAACCAACCUCGGUGCAGUAAUCUAUAAAACCAGCCUCCUGCAUCUCCAGCCACGGCAGAUGACCAUCUAUCUCCCAGAGGUUCGGAAGAUUUCCAUGGACUAUGUUAAUUUACCUGUCUUCAACCCAAAUGUUUUCAGUGAAGAUGAAGAUGAUUUACCAGUGACGGGAGCAUCGGGUGUGCCUGAGAACAACCCUCCAUGUACCGUGAACAUCCCCAUCGCUCCCAUCCACAGCUCGGCGCAAGCUAUGUCCCCCACACAGAGCAUAGGAUUGGUGCAGUCCCUGCUGGCCAAUCAGAAUGUGCAGCUGGACGUCCUGACCAAUCAGACCACGGCAGUGGGGACGUCUGAGCAUGGAAGUGAUAGUGCCACCCAGUACCCAGUCUCCAACCGCUAUUCCAACCCCGGACAGGUGAUCUUCGGAGGUGUGGAGAUGGGCCGCAUCAUCCCCAACCCCGCUCAGCUGUCCCUGCCACCGCCUGCACCAGGGGUGAUCCAGCUCUCGGUGUUGGACCACGGAGACCGAGACCAUGACCACCUGCAGAAGUCCGCCAAGGCCCUGCGGCCAGUGCCGCAGCUGGCCGCCGAGGGGGACGCAGUGGUGUUCAGUGCCCCGCAGGAGGUCCAGGUGGCGAAGAUGAACCCCCCACCCCCCUACCCGGGAACCAUCCCCGCCGCCCCCACCACAGCAGCGCCCCCGCCCCCGCUACCGCCCCCGCAGCCUCCGGUGGACACGUGCCUGAAGAAGGGCGACUUCUCGCUGUACCCCACGGCCGCACAUUACCAGACGCCCCUCGGCUAUGAGAGGAUCACCACCUUUGACAGCAGCGGCAACGUGGAGGAGGUGUGCCGGCCUCGGACGCGGAUCCUCUGCUCCCAGAACACCUACACCCUCCCCGGCCCGGGCAGUUCAGCCACCCUGCGGCUCACCGCCACUGAGAAAAAGGUCCCCCAGCCUUGCACCAGUGCCACCCUGAACCGCCUGACCGUCCCACGCUACUCCAUCCCGACGGGAGAUCCACCCCCGUACCCCGAAAUCGCCGGCCCGCUAGUCCCGGGUCGGAGCGCGGCGCAGAGGCCCGACAGUCUCAUCCACGCCACGCUGCGCAGGAACAACCGCGAGGUGGCGCUCAAGGCGGCGCAGCUGGCCGAGCCCCCGCGCGUCCCCCCGCAGCACCCGCCCAAGCCCAAGGGUGCGGCGCAGUUCCCGGCGCGGCCCCCGCCGGCCUUGUAUACCUGCAGUCAGUGCAGCGGCGGGGCCGUGGCAGGGCGGCCCGAGCCUGGCGCCGGGGGUGCUGGAGGUGUGCAGCCCGGCUCGGGCCUGGCCCACGCCGCCAGCACCUCACCCCUGACCUCCCAGUCGUCCUACAGCCUCCUGAGCCCGCCAGACGGCGCCCGCGACCGCGCCGACUACGUUAACUCGGCCUUCACGGAGGACGAGGCGCUGGCCCAGCACUGUCCGGUCGAGAAGCCCCUGAGGCACCCCACGCUGACUGAAGCUGCUGUGGCCGUCAAACGGCCACCCCCUUACCAGUGGGACCCUGUGCUGGGGGAAGACAUUUGGGUUCCUCAGGAAAGGACAGCACAGACUGCAGUGCCCAACCCCCUGAAACUGCCUCCUCUGAUAGUAGGUCAGAGCCAGCAUCUGGACGUGUCCCGAGUGCCCUUCGUCUCCCCGAAGUCUCCCGCCAGCCCUACUGCCACUUUCCAAACAGGCUAUGGGAUGGGAAUGCCGUAUCCGGGGAGCUAUAACACGCCCCCUUUGCCGGGAGUGCAGACCCCCUGCUCCCCGAAAGAUGCCCUGUCCCCGACACAGUUUGCACCCCAGGAGUCCACAGUGGCUCUCCAGCCAGCCUACCCGCCCAGCCUCUCCUACUGCACCUUGCCCCCCAUGUAUCCAGGAAGCAGCACCUGCUCGAGUUUACAGCUGCCACCUAUCGCCUUGCACCCUUGGAAUUCCUACAGCCCUUGCCCGCCCGUGCAAAACCCCCAGGGCACUCUGCCCCCCAAGGCACACUUGGUGGUGGAGAAGCCCCUUGUGUCCCCACCGCCCACCGACCUCCAAAGCCACUUGGGUACAGAGGUGAUGGUAGAGACCACAGACAACUUCCAAGAAGUCCUUUCCCUGACAGAAAGCCCGGUCCCCCAGCGGUCGGAGAAAUUUGGGAAGAAAAACCGGAAGCGCCUGGACAGCCGAGCAGAGGAAGGAAAUGUUCAGGCCAUUACAGAGGGCAAAGUGAAGAAGGAGGCAAGGACUUUGAGUGACUUUAAUUCCCUGAUCUCCAGCCCUCGCCUGGGAAGAGAGAAGAAGAAAGUGAAGAGUCAGAAAGACCAACUGAAGUCGAAGAAGUUGAAUAAGACGAAUGAGUUCCAGGACAGCUCAGAGAGCGAGCCUGAGCUGUUCAUCAGUGGUGAUGAGCUGAUGAACCAGAGCCAGGGCAGCAAGAAGGGCUGGAAGAGCAAGAGGAGUCUGCGGACGGCCAGCGAGCUGGAGGAGUUCAAGUGCCGGAAAGCCAGCGAGAAGGAGGAUGGCCGGCUGGGCAGCCAGGGCUUUGUGUACGUCAUGGCCAACAAGCAGCCUCUGUGGAACGAAGCCACCCAAGUGUACCAGCUGGACUUUGGGGGGCGCGUGACCCAGGAGUCCGCAAAGAACUUCCAAAUCGAGCUAGAGGGGCGGCAGGUGAUGCAGUUUGGAAGGAUUGAUGGCAAUGCGUACAUUCUGGACUUCCAGUACCCCUUCUCAGCUGUGCAGGCCUUUGCGGUUGCCCUGGCCAACGUGACUCAGCGCCUGAAAUGAAGAGGCUGCUACGGGUGGGAAAGAGAGGCAGAGGAGCCUUUUCAGAGAGGUCUGAUCGGCAAUGCUCGAGGAGUCCCACGGGGCCCCGGGUGCCUGGGGACCAGAAGACAAGAGCAAAACUGGAAGAAUCUGUCAGGCCCAGGAGAGGGGACUGACCUCUAAUUGUUGUUGUUUGUUUGGGCUUUUAUAAUCCUUUAUUGUUUUUCUUUCUUCUUUCUUUUUAAACAAGAAGAGAAUACAGAAGAGUGGUAUCUGGAAGCAAAGCGUGCGAGGCACCUGGUGUUCUUUUCGGAAACAUAGUUGCCGUGGUAAUGUCCUACUGCGUCUGCUUCUGUCACCUGCCAGGACAAGGGGCCCUUCGGAAGGAAGGUAGACUGCCUUCCCGCCUGCUGUUCUUUUAGACCAGGGAGUGUGCAUUAUUUUCGUUCUCCACAACACCUAGCUUUAUUACUCCUCCCUAUUGUAACCACUAGUGUGAAAACAAAAGACUUUUAAAAAGAACAACCCCAAAUCCGGAAGGUACAGGUUCUCUUAGGGGGCCAUUCAGAUCACACAUACAAUGUUACUCCCCCAGAAGUGACUUGAUUAAUGAAGGGUGUUAUGGCAAAUGCACUGUGUUUGACCAAUGGCAGCAGGCUUUGUCCAGCGGUGCUCUUACCAGCUCUAAAUACAAUUCGCUCAUGAUGAUGUAGGCGGAAGGGACGGCAGGUGAGGAAGGAGCUUCUGCGCAUGGACACCUGGGUGGUUUACACGGUGGGACUUGAAGCAGUACAAGGGCUGUGUUCCUCUCUGCACGAUGUUUACGUUGAAGACUCUGCUAGUUGUAUAACGUGUCAGAAUUCCGUGGGUUCUGUAACAAUCAUUCAGUGUGCUUGCCUUCGGGAGAAGGUAAAAGACCAAAUGGAAAGAUCUGGCACAUGGUGGGGAAGCAACUUUGUCACCUAGUGCACUGGUAAGUCACUAGAUACCCACUUACUGAAAAACAACCUUCAUCCCUUCCCCCAUUUUAUUGUUUAAUCUAGAAAAUGUGGCAGACGGCCUUCUCUUUCCCAGUAGAUAAGUGUUCCACACUUUCUCAUCUGAAAAAUGCUGAUGAUACUCAUUUGAAAGCACUCCUUUCCUCUUCUUGGCCACAUUAAAGUUCACUUGACUAGAAAUAUUUUCUAAUGGUUUAGAAAUGUAACAAAAUUUUAAGCAAUCGACAGGGUAUUGAAAGAUAGAGGUAUGGUCAUCUCUUUGAAAAAAGUAACUAGGAGGAGGAAAAAAGGUUCUUUAUUAACUGAAUAGACUGUUUACUGAGGAGAUAAACCACUGGGAACACAUUAUUAAAAUUAUAGUACUUAAGAGAGCUGGUUGAUCUCACACACACACACACACACACACACACACACCCUGGAAUAUCUUUUCCUGCCUCCUCCUCCUUAGGGGACACUUUGGGCAGCCUUCAGCCCUGAUGAUAACAAAGCCCAGUUUGUUGUUGUCAAUCACUCGUACCCGUGAUGAUGUUUAGGGCAGGAGCACAAGAGCUAUGUACUGGCACAGGGCCCUCAAUUUGGGUUUUGUUUGGAACAGACAAAUGGAAGACACCACAGAAAAGUCUUUUGAAAAUAAUGUAUUUUUACAUUCCUUGUUUUGGUUUAAAAACUAGAAAAGAAACUGGCCCAUUCCUUCCCCAGAGCAAGACGAAAUCACUCACCAUUUUCUCCAGACCUUGAAGGAGCACAGAUGAGGACAUCUCCCAGCCAACAUCAGAGUUUUCCAUCUUAUAUUUUAAAAUAUUGAGCCUGAUUCUUGGUGGGUAAAUUCUUGCAGAAAGAAUUUAGCAACGUAUUCAAAAUUAUAUAAUUCUUUUAUAGGUGUUUCUAUAGCUUGGUAAGAUGUUUCAGUGUUUAUAUUAGUUGUGCAAUAAUGGUUAUGGCCUAUUUCUAAAAUAAUUUAAAUGCAGUUCCCCUGUUUUGUUGUCCGAGAGAUAAUUAUUUAUCUUGCUUUAAUGGUGUUCUUAGGAAUUAUUUUGUGGCUAUGUACUGGUGAGUUAUGCCCAUUUUAUUUAUUUAGAAAAAUAGUAUGUUUGUAAUGAGUUAUUUGGUAGCAGUACAUUUUGCUGCAAGAAAUAAAGAGGAUAUGAUAGAAGGGUUUUUUGCUGGACAAUUUGUAACUUUUUCUAAUUGGGAAAAAAAUUCCUAUUCUUUACAAGUAAUUUUUUUUUUUUCCAUCCUGUGGUAUUGAUUAUAUACAGAGGAGUAGAUUUCUUUAAGAUGACAUAUCCUAAAAUAAUAUCGUCCCUUCUUUUGAACGCUUUUAAUUAAAAAUAAAAGGUGCUAUGAAAUGAAAAGAGGAGACUAAUUAGAAGAGUAGCAGAGGAAGGCAUUAUUGUCACUAAGUGUCCACUUUCCAGAUUCUGAUUGGUUUUUUGAGAUACAAAGACCAAGGAAAGAUAUAUUUCAGAACUUUUCUUACUAAAAGCAAUUAUAAGGGGAAGUCCUUGGAAUAAAAAUACAAAGAUAUUUGUGAAGAGGAAGUGAAUAUUUGUAGCAAAUAAUUGAACUUUCUAAAUUCUUGACUCACUCCCCAAAAGGUCUCUUCUGCACAUGGAGACACAGGCCUUGUCUUGCGGGUUUAGCAUACCCAGGAUUCAGCCCCUGAAGAUGUAGCAGGGGUCUGGCUCUGUGCUCUGGCCCAGAGGAGGAACCCUGUCCUGUCAGCCACGCUUAUGCAGACGUCUGCAGCAUGGGGAAAGUUAAGUCUUUCAGGUUAAUGGUGAUGGUUUCACUGAUUGUAAAAAUUGUUUUCAUUCAGUCUCAAUUUAUUAAAUACUACUAAUGUCAGUACUUUAAAUGGAAUUCUACCUACAUACUUCGUGCUUAUUAAUAUAGCAAUUUAUUAAUAUUAAGUUACCUCAUUGAGUCUCUAAAUUUAAAAACAUUAGCCCAGGCAACUGUAUGAAGAAUCCAUGCCUUUUCCAGGAAAGGAGUGUAUUAAGAGACCUAAAAACCGAUUUUAAAUUUCUUCUGCCUCUAACCUUAUCAAACCAAAGGCACAGAUUUGGGUACAGUGUAUCCACUGAAUGUAUAUUCCAAGAAAAGUUGGUGCCAAGGAAGCAGGAAAAUGUGAAGGCUCUAAUGGCAGCAGAAGUCAGGAUUUUACAGGUUGGUCUUUUCCCCCACGUUCAUUGCUCCCUAGUUGAGUGUCCCAUGAGGACGUGCGAAACAGCAUGCAGUCAUCUUGACUCUGGGGUCAAGCCUGCUCUGCCACAGAGCUGGAGGGUGACCUUGGGCCUCCAUUUGUCCAUCUAUAAAAUGAAAGGAAUGACCUGGACGAAAUUCUAAAGUGUCCAGCUCUAACAGCCGACGGUUCAAAAUGUGACCGUGUCCUCAUUCCACUUUACAAGCUUGGAAGGUGUGUUUCGAAAUAAUUCUUUUUACAGAGAAACGUUUCUUUUCCGGCAUCAAUGAGCUAUCUGGUGAAUGUAAACCAGUGCGUUUAAAAUAAUCUUUAGCAGGUUUACCUCUAGAAACAAAUGCAUUUGGAGUCAUGUUCUUGUAAAAUUACACCAAAGCGUCAAUUCCAAGUGAGACAGGAUCCUCCCCAUGAGUGUGCCCUGCUCAGUGGACACCCUUGUGAACAGCCCUAAAGUAAGUCACCAUUUGCCCCCAAAAAGCCAUAGUGUGGGUUGAAAAAAGAACAAAGGAGUAUAUGCCCGGGCUGGCUUGAAUUCUUGAGUGUGUUCAACCGUGUUACACUGUCUUCAAGUUGAAAAGGUUUUUUGGAAAGACCCCAUCGUGUCCCUGUGCAGGCCAUCUAUCCCUUGGCCAAGUCUAAUUGUGAACAAAGUGAGACAAAGUGUGUCAAAAAUGCUUGAGUUCCUGGGAUUUUGUAACAACACACAGCUCUGAUCUCACCAUUUGUGUAUUUCCUUAGUUCCGGCUGAUAAAACUCUUGAAGGGUUGUGGCUUAUUUUGUUUUCAUUUCUUUGGCUUUGUGCAAUUUUCUUGUAACUUGUACCGAUAUUUUCUGUUUACAAGUUCUUUUAAAGGGGAGGGGUAGGGUUCUAAGAUCUUGUUGUUGUAGAUAAAUUUUUUUUCGUGUUGUAGAAAAGCAUGGGUUAUGCGUUUGACUGAAAAAGGCACUGUAUUAUUUACCAAAGGGGUAUUGUUUUUGCAUUUGUUAAUAAAUGCAUUAUUUUGGUACUGUAAA